CCCCUUCCCUUCGCCUCUCCCCAGGUGGCAGCUCUAAGGUUUCACCUCCCUGGGGGUUUGAGCCCAGGAGCUCCUGGCUGGGAAGCCCUCUGUCCCCAAGGGACACGGGUUGACACUUUGCAGGUGCACGCUUGUGUUUCCUGGAGCUGGGGAGGAUGCAGAGCCCGCGUGCCAGGGGGCAGAGCUGCAGCAUCGAGCUCCGGGCCUGAGCUGCAGGAUGGAGCGCGGGAACGGUCCCGGCAGCGCUGGCUCCGCGGACAGGAGGGGCUCAGCACGCCUCCCAGCUCCAUCCAGGACCUUCUGGAUCAUCCUGUCCAUUGCCUUGUUUUUUGCAGUUGUUGGCAUCAGCGUCAUGGGUGUUCUCAGCUUCUCUCCCAGCUCUUCCCAGGCUGGCUCGCAGCUCAUCCGAAUUACGCUCCAGGGCCAGCAGGAACCACUGAGGAACCAGACAGCCUUGGUGGACAAGUCCAAGAGCACUGUGACCUACUACGUAACCUCACAGAGUAACCACAGUGCUGUGGUGCUGUAUGACAGCAGGAAUGGCUACGUCUGCUACAAGCCAGUGGAGCAGCGCACGUGCUACCUGAGGAGGAUGGACACCUGGGACAUCCAGGCCCUCCAGAUGUCUCUAAACACAUCUGAGCAGCAAGCCGAUCAGCUGCUCCAUCAGAACAACCAGACCAAGUACUACCGGGAGUUCCUGGGCAUCCUGACAGGGGAACAGGUGGACCCCAAAAGCCUGGGGGAGGCUGUCCAGACCUUGUGUGAGCAGACAUCCAUCUUCUGGGUCAGGAGAGGGGAGGGUCCCGGGAGGCAGCGGCUCAUCUACCUUUGCAUCGACAUCUGUUUUCCAAGCAACAUUUGUGUCUCAAUCUGCUUCUAUUACCUCCCUGAGUAAGUCCUGUGGCAGUGGAUGCCCUCUCACUGCUCUACAUACUUGAACUGGAUUCCUGAAAAGCCUCCGAUGUCAACAAGAAAGGUAACACCUACAGUAUCCUCCAAAAGCUUCCUGCUGAUUUCAUGCUGCAGUUCAGGGGAGUUUAGAACAAUAAGAGGACUCUGCUCCAUACAGACACUUCAUUUGCAGCUCCAGGACUGCCUUGUCCAUAGGUAGUAAGAGAUCCAGGCCUAGAGGAAUCAUGUGGAGUAGCUGCUGUUCAUGGUUAAGUGCCUUGUUCAAUACGAGGGCAUGACAUUUGUAGGGCUUGGCUUUACGACUGCAGCUCUCCAAGUCAGUCUGUGAAAUACUCUGAAUAAAGGG